AUGAUUAAUUGGAUAUACUUGAUGUUGUUUGUUGUAUUUUUUGCUCACUCCCAGAUGGUCUUAACCUAUUGUGAAGUGAACAAUGUGAUUUAUUUAGAUGGUUUUUUAACAUAUGAAUGCAACCAAAAAAACUUUGUGUUAACAACGAGGACAACAACAGAAAAUGGAAACACCAUUAAUAUUGAUGAAUUCAAUUUUUUAGCAACAUGUUGUACCAGUACUACACUUACAUUUUCUGAUUUAAAAUAUUCGGUUAAAAAUUACAAACUUUUCACAUUUGAAGAAAUUCAUCUGUUAUAUUUUUUCAUACAAACACAGUUCAGUGAUUCAAGAAUUUGCAUUGAAGAAGGUGGUCGCACUGAUAAUUUGUUCAUUUCAAUGGGGUGUUUCAAUAACGAAGAAAAUUGCAGAACACAAGUAAAUGACGAACAACGCCCAACCGUCGUUAUUUACAAACGUGGACUUCAUUUGUUUUCAAAUAUUGACCAACGUUAUUGGAUUGUUUACCGAAGACAAUCGAAUAUGCCAUAUUCACCAUAUUUUUUUAUUGAUGGAACAACGAUUCAAAAUUCCACCUUUCAAUUUACUUCUGAUACAAACUUUGGAAAUAUGGAAUUUUCAUAUCUUCGGUAUUUAUUCAGUGGUAAUGAUUUGACACAAAUACCAACAAUACAAUGGGAAUUUUCAUUGCACCAAGAUUUGAAAGUAAAAAUUGUUUGCAAACGGACGAUUAGUACUUCUAUGUAUUCACUUAAAAGAUUCUUUAUGCUAACAACAAGUUAUGAUGAAAACUUGGUAAAUGAAAGUACUCUGUGUGGGUGUAUACCCAAUACAAAUUACAUCAAAGACGACAAUACUUCUUUCAAUAUCAGUGAUUGUCGAUUUAACUCAUCGUACUUCGAUUUGGACUUAACAAAACUUACAAAGGACAACAACAAUAACACUGAAGUUAAUUUAUCAAUAAACAAAUGGUAUAUCCCUCUUGUUUCUAAUUACCAGACGUACAUAUUUAAGUCUUCAUUAAAUGUAAUAUAUUUUGAAAGACUGGAGCUUCAACAGAACAAAAGUCUUGUAUUUGAAAUCAAUUGUAUUGUCAAAAAUUUGGUAAUCACGUCGAUUGCCAAUUACACAUUUAAAAAGUCUUUGACAAUAAAUAAUAUCAUUUUGAAUAAAGAAGAUUACUCGGACUCGAUUCUAUUUGAAAUUCGGGGAUCGUUAAAUGACAACACAAAUACACUGACUGUCUGUGGUCAUCGUGCUGUUAUGAAAAAUCACACAGAGAAAGUUUGCACGUGUAUGUAUGAAUAUAACUUUUACUCUUAUCCAUUUUCACCCGACAGUCCAUCUUUUAAUGAUUGUGAAAAUUCUAGUAGCACACCUUCACUUAUUUUGGCAAUCAAUAACAAUAAUUACACAACAACGACAUCAAAAACUUGGGAGAAAAUCAUAUUAAAUAUGGACAACGUGACACUCAUAUCAACAAGUCAAAAUAUAAUAUCAACAACAUAUUGUGAUAUUAACUCGACACUCAUAGUGAAUGGAGAAUUUCAUAUUCGAAAUGUCAACUUUCAUCAAAACGCCAAAUUUGUUGUAAAAAACAAUGGAUAUUUGGGACUUUCCCAUAUCUAUUUUGAUGAUACUUUUAACAAUAUCAAUCAAAAUGGUAUUGUUGAUAUAUUUGGAGAUAAUGGAUUGUUUAAUUUUGAUGACAAUUAUGGAAUGGGCAUGUCAACAAGUCAAAACCAAAUCGAAUGCUUUGAGUUCGUUUCUUUUGAAAAAGAGAAAGACAGAAAUCUGCAAUUAUUUACCAUGUCGUUGUAUUUAGGAAGAAAAAUACUACGAAUUUGUCCAAUAGAGUAUAAUUACGACAUUGGCUGCAUAUUAGAACAGAAAGAUAUGAGUGUAUAUACAUCAUAUAGAAAUGCACUGCAUUGUCCAAUUACUAAUGUAAAUACAACCAUUUAUAUAGAGACAAACGAAGUGAUGCAAAACAUUGGAUUUAAUGGUACUUUCAAUCAAAAUGUUACAACACUGAAAUUUACAAAGACCAAAGAAAGUCAUAUUAUUUUCAACGAUACAAUCACUUCAAAUAUCAUUUAUAUUGCAAAUGAAUCAAUUGAUAACAGCAACAUUUCAGUCUUUAACCAAAAUAUUAAACUUUUUAUUGGUGAAAAAUACGGUUUUAGUUGUACAAAUAACAUUACAACUCAAACGAUUGAUGUUGUGUCCAAUGAAAUGCAAAAUUGCACGGCGUUGUUUGUUGACAAAACAAAGAGUACAUGCAAAUACUGUAAGAAUUCGUAUUUACUCAAUAAUCAAUGCGAAAAUUAUGAUGAUAAUUGUGUGUUAUCAACAAUACAAACAAAUGUUACAACAAAGGUGUGUGAAUCGUGUCCUGAUUCGUAUUAUUUUUACAAAAACAAGUGUUUUGAAUGUUCAAAUGGGUGUUUAAAAUGUGUGAAGGAUGGGUGCGUUUUAUGUGAUUUUGGCUAUUUGUUGGUUCAACAAAAUGGAGUUAGCAUUUGUGACGCGCCAAAUAACACCAUUUUAGCCAAACAUAAUUUAAUUAUGAAAUGUAAGGAAGGGUAUUACUCUAGAUAUGUAGAGUGUGUAAAAUGCGACUCAAAUUGUCGGGUGUGUGUUGAUGAAAACACUUGUACAAUAUGUGAUAAUAAAUUUAUUUUACAAAACGGGGGAUGUUUAUCACAAUUAAAUGCAAAUUUAACAGACAACACAAACAUCGUUUUGUGUUCACAAGGGUUUUAUUAUAACUCUCAGAAUUUGCAAUGUGAAUCAUGUAAAAACAAGUAUGGGAAAUUGUGUGAAAGAUGCACACCAACAUAUUGUGAAAAGUGUGAAGAUAGUGUUUAUACCAAAAACAAUUUGUGUGAAAUAGAGAUGACGACUGGAUGUACUUCAAACGACAAUGUACAUUGCACUGCUUGUAACUUAACAAACAAAUUUAUUAACGAGAACGGACUUUGUGUAUUAUCCAACAAUUGUGAUAUUUCAAACAAAAACGGAAAAUGUGUCACAUGUGAAAAUACUUUUGUUAUAUCACAAGAUUUGACAUGCAAAUCGAGUGAAUUUAAAGAUAUCCACUGUUCAAUUUUUAAAUCUGAACAAGACCGUUGUAUUUGUUGUGAUAGUAAUUAUUAUCUCAAAAAUUUUACAUGUAAAAAAUGCUCUCCGAAUUGUGUUUACUGUGCGUCUCAAGAUGUUUGUUUGAUAUGUUCCUCGUUGUAUACUCUUCAAAACAAUAGUUGUGUUAUCAUUUCCAAUGAAGAGACACAAUGCAAGAAAGUGAUUGAAGGCUCUUCAAAGUGUGCUAUAUGUAAGGAUUCGUUUUUCAGAAAUGACAAAGGUAAGUGUGAAAAGUGUAUUGACAACUGUUUGUUUUGCAACCAAAAGUCAACAUGCAUUACUUGCAAUGAUAACACUUUUUUACUCACAAAUUCAACACAAUGUAUUCAAUUCGAUAAACUCGAAAAUUGUGAAAUUAAAAGCAAAUUUGGAUGUCAAAAAUGUGUUGACGGGUUUUAUGUGUACAACCAAUUUUGUGAUAGUUGUAACACACUCACUACUUUUUGUGAUAGAUGUGACACAUUGGGAGUAUGCACAUCUUGUUCGUCAAAUCACGUUUUAUCCAACAACAAAUGUUUAUCAAUGGAAAAAGUAAAACAUUGUGUUGAAGUGAAAAGUUCAAAAUGCACCAAAUGCGAUUUUUGGUAUGAAACUGGUGUUACACAAACGUCAUGUGACAAGCAUGCCGUGUGGUGGAUAAUACUAAUCAUCGUCAUGUUUAUUGUGCUCAUAAUUAUCAUCUCCACUGUUCUAAUAUUAUAUACAGUGUAUUACAUAUUAGAGAAAGGAAAGGUGCGUGACUUACAAAAGAAAACGUGUCUUUUCUCAAUGAAUUCCUCAAACAUCAAUUUUGUGAAACUUCAGAAUUCUUUUAUUUCAGUCAACAAAACUGAAAUAAUUUUUGAAAAUGAUGGUGAUACCUUGAUAGAUGUUGAUAGUGAAAAUCGUGAGUUAAUAUGUGUUGGAAAUACCUUACAUCAUACUGUCAAAGUCCAAUUCACGUUCAACACUUCAAAUGUGAAAUAUCAUAUAUAUGCAGAACCACAAGUCAUUGCAAUACCAGAAGGAAAGGCUGUUGAAUUCGAAGUCUUUUUGAUGCCACUGUGCUCAACCAACAUCGACGAGGAAAUCACAUUAUUUGCUGUUGAUAUGAAGAAAGGAAAGAACUUCCAAUUUCCAUUGAAAAUCCGUGCACUAACCAAAAUGACAACACGACUGGAUUUCGACGAGUUGAUUGAAGAGAAGGUGAUCGGUGAAGGAUCGUUUGGAAUUGUGUAUAAAGGAAUAUACAGAGGGAAUUGUGUUGCCAUUAAAAAAAAGAAAGAAAUAAAAAAUGAUGAUGAUGAUGAAUUUACAAAGGAGGUUAAUAUGUUAGACAAAUUCAGAAGUGACAAUAUCGUACACUUCUACGGAGCUGUGUUUAUACCAAAUAAAGUGUGUAUGGUCACUGAAUUUGCAUCAUUUGGAUCUCUGCAAGAUUUGAUGAAACACAAAACAUCUGAAGAAGUCGAUGUGAAACUUCGAAUCAAAUUUCUUUUUGAUGCUGCAAAGGGUAUUUUUUAUCUCCAUGAAAACGGCGUUUUGCACAGAGACAUCAAACCGGAUAACAUUUUGAUAUUUUCAAUGGACUUUUGUGAAAAAGUGAACGCAAAACUAACUGAUUUUGGGAGUGCCAGAAGUGUGAAUUUACUUAUGACAAAUAUGACUUUCACAAAAAAUGUUGGAACACCAACUUAUAUGGCACCAGAAAUAUUAAACAAACAAAAGUACAAGAAAAGUGCAGACAUUUAUUCGUUUGGUGUGACUAUGUACGAAAUAUUUGGGUGGUGUGAAGCAUAUCCAGUUAAACAGUUUAAAUUUCCAUGGAAGAUUGUUGAGUAUGUUGUAUCUGGCGAAAGACUACCUUGUCUGGACAACAUGUUAAAUUCACAUUAUUCUUUGAUAUGUGAGUUGUCUAUUCGUUGGUUUCUGAACAAAGAAAAAACGUAUAUUUAUGGGUUUAUCAUGGAAAUGUGUUGA